AUGUCGCCGGUCGCGCGCCUGCCCUCCGUAGUCACCUUCGUGCCUCUCCUCUCGCCGCCACUCCGAAUAUCGCUGCGAGCUUGCCGAUGGCUCCGUCAAUGCCCAACCGCCGCUCCCUCCCUCCGUCCACCGCAAUGUCGCUCGCUGCAUCUCUACAAAACGGCCCGGGCAAAGACUCUCCUCGGAAUGCACAAGGUCCUUCACUUCGAUCAAUACAAACUCGAACACUACCGUGCGUCACCGCAUCGAAUAAAUCUGUUGGAUAGUUCAUCGGGCAAAGCGAUUGCGGAGGGCUUGAAACUGCAAGAGGUCUACGAUUUCUACAUCAAACCUGGCCACAUGCUGUAUUGCUGCCAACAGUUUCAUAAGACGACGGCGGAGAAUGUGGACAAACUGAAACAAGAAAGAGUUUAUGAAAACUGCAAUAAUUAUGCCAUCGUGCAAGCGCACAGCACGCAUUUCAAGCUCCCUGCUCUCAGGAAGAUGAAGAAGAAGAAGGGGGAGGAAGAGGAGCAGGAGCAGCAGAAAGGCCAAAUCACGAACUGGGACGGGAUAAAGGAGAUACACCUGAAUCUUUCGAGCCCAGUGGAGUAUUGGAAGAUGUCGCUAGAUCGCGCAUAUCAGUUUGUCGAAUCCGGGCAUCCCGUGGAGAUGAACUUCCGAAUUAGAGGCAAACACACCAGCAAGCAAGAGAGGCUGUUGCCGGGACCGAGUGAUCGUUGGCCGUGGCUGCACAAUUACUUUCCGCACAUGCGACCAGACUUCAUCCUAAAGGCCAUGCCCGAGGGGACCUUCUUUCUGGUCAAACCUGUCUCCGACGGCCGGCAUGUGCAGUGGGUCAUGGCGCUACCUACAAAGCAGCAUACGCGAAGCUUCGAUCUUACCAAGAAGCUGCUCAAGGUGAAGGAGGGGGUGAAAAAGUCGAUUGAGCAGGGAAAACAGCCCGGGUUGCCGACGGCGAUGCGGCUGAACCUGAUCAACGACGGCCAUGAGGAGUAUUCCCUUGAGUCGGACAAGCCCAGGGAUGCUGCGCGCUCUCUCCGGGAUGAAGACAUACGGUUUGGAAGCCAGUCGCUCGACUCGAUCUCUGCAGAGAAGAUGUACCGGUUAUCGACUAUGGAAUCGGCCAAGCAAGUCACGAGUGCGGUGCGCGAGGGCAGAUUGAUCUUCCCCACAGAAAACCGAUACAUGGCCCCAAGGAAGGGCAGUAAGGCCAAAGGGGAAUGGAAGCACAAGCAGAAGGAGCGCGCAAAGCAGAGGAACCGGUGGCAGCGCGCAAGAGCGUAG